CCCAGCACUACCUCAUUUUAAUGCUGGAUCCAGGCCAAAAGUACAAGCACUUCACUGAAUAUAAGGAGAGGAAUGACUGCAGAAAGAAUCAUAAACUGUCACAUAAAGCUUGGGAUCACAUUCAUAUCUAGGGCAGAGAAAUAAGAGGCUGCUUGUGAAGAGCCUUUAGAUAUUGUGAUGGGUGACAGCAAACAUCCUUAGCAAGCCUCUGGCAAAGCAAAGACAGUCGAGGAAGAAAGCUGUGCCUGUCACAUAGAUCCAAAAGUACAACCUUGAUAAAAGAAGUUGAAGUUCACAACAAUUUGGUGCAAUUCUGUAGAGGUGUUUUUUCCACCUCUUUCUUUUCAUCUUCUCUCUUACAGAAGAAAGAGCAGUAGAAGAAAGACGGGGGAGAGUGGGAAUAAAGCAUGACAGGGACAAAGAAAGAAAAGAAAAAUGCCAUCUGGAGAAAGAUCCAUGCCCUUCGCUUCGAGGACGUCAAACGGUGGUGUGUCAGGAGGCUACCUGUGCUGGAGUGGGCACCAAAUUACAACUGGAGAGCAGAUCUCGUUCCCGAUACGGUUUCUGGGAUGAUGCUGGCUGUUCAACAGGUGAUACAAGGGCUUGCCUUUGCUGUUCUCUCUUCAGUGCAUCCUGUUUUUGGAUUAUAUGGCGCUCUCUUCCCAGCUGUUAUUUAUGCCAUGUUUGGAAUGGGCAGGCAUGUUGCCACAGGAACUUUUGCUUUGACUUCCUUGAUAUCUGCCAAUGCUGUUGAGCGCCUUGUUCCACCUGUGAGGAACAAUUUCACAACAAACAAUACCUCCGCAGUCUUGGGUUUGUCUGAUUAUGAGAUGCAGAGGAUUGGAGUUGCCGCAGCAGUUUCAUUAUUAGGAGGGCUCAUUCAAGUAGCAAUGUUUGUGCUGCACUUGGGCAGUGCCACCUUCUUGCUCACGGAGCCAGUGAUAAGUGCAAUGACAACGGGAGCAGCGACGCAUGUCGUGACUUCACAAGUGAAGCACCUAUUGGGAAUGAAAAUGCCGUACAUCUCAGGACCCCUGGGAUUCUUUUACAUUUAUGCCUACAUCUUUGAAAACAUCAAAUCCAUUCAGCUGGAAGCCCUUCUGCUGUCGGUGCUGAGCAUUGCAGUCCUUGUUCUCGUGAAAGAGUUGAAUGAGAAGUUUAAAAAUAAAAUUAAAGUGGUUCUUCCUAUUGAUUUGGUUUGGAUAAUUGCUUCUUCUGUUGCCUCCUAUUCUGCUGAUUUGAAAAGCAAUUAUGGCUUGAAGGUUGUUGGACAUAUUCCAGAAGGCAUACCACCUCCGCAGCCUCCACCCAUGAACAUCCUCCCUGAAGUAGUUACAGAAGCAUUUGGUGUUGCACUAGUCGGCUAUGUUGCAUCGCUAGCACUUGCCCGCUCUUCAGCCAAAAAGUUCAACUACUCUGUGGAUGAUAACCAGGAAUUAUUGGCUCAUGGCCUCAGCAAUGUCAUCCCUUCAUUUUUCUUUUGCAUCCCGAGUGCAGCAGCCAUGGGGCGUACUAUACUUCUCUACAGCACUGGAGCAAGAACUCAGGUGGCUUGUCUAAUAUCUUGCAUGUUGGUGCUUGUGGUCAUCUAUGCAAUAGGACCGAUGUUGUGUUGGUUACCCAUGUGUGUUCUUGCAAGUAUCAUUGUAGUGGGGCUGAAGGGGAUGCUGAUGCAGUUCCGUGACUUAAAGAAGUAUUGGAAUGUGGAUAAAAUAGACUGGAGUAUAUGGGUUAGUACCUACGUGUUUACAAUUUGCUUUGCUGCUAAUGUUGGACUGUUGUACGGUGUAGUCUGCACUAUACUGAUAGUGGUUUUCCGCUUCCCAAGAGCAACAACACUGAGCCUGAAACAGAUGAAAGAAGCAGAAUGCAGAUUCAAAACAGAAACAGAUAGCGAGUCUUCACAACAAGUGAAAAUAGUUUCUGUAAAUAAUCCAUUAGUGUUUUUGAAUGCCAAGAAGUUUCACAUGGAUGUAUCAAAACUAAUCCAAAAGGAGAUCACAUGCAUAUAUCUACCUGAAGAUAUGAACAAGUUUGAACAGAACACAUUGCUCAGCCCAGUAUCUAAUGGAAAUUGUCAUGGAGAGUCCUCAUUACAGCAGCGCACUGUUGAAAGGCAGACUUUAAUAUUUGAUUGCAGUGGUCUGACACUCUUUGACUACACUGGAAUCGCUGUACUUACUCAGAUCUACACAGAUUCCAAAAAAAGAAAUAUUGAUGUUCUGUUGGCAAAUUGCAAAGCUUCCUUGAUAAAGGCACUGAAGCUCAACAGUAGACUAGAAUCAGACAAUGCUGUCUUCUUUGAAUCCGUUUCUUCAGCCGUAGGUGCUAUUCAGUUCAACAGGAAUUUCUGCAAGCUUAAUGAACACACUGAAGUCUGAUGCCAGCCUGUGUUUAUAUAUGAUCUGUUGAACUGUUCAUCUGCAAAAGGAACUAUGCCAAAGUAUUUCUUCAGAUGUUUAAACAUGGAAAGUUGAGGGUGAUAAUUUAUAUGCCAAGUGUAUACCAAUAGCAACAGUGUUUAUUUUUAUUGCUCCUGGAUCUUCUCUGAGUUCCCAUCAAGGACAAGUUUCUUUUUUAAAAAAUUAAUAACCUUGAUUGUUCUUUGAUGGUUUCAUAUUUUUGUAUGCAUUUAGAUUUUAAAGAGAAAAAAAAACCUAGAAAGUAAUUUAGGAUAUUACCAUAAUGUAUAUUGUUUUAGCUCUGGCCUAAUUGUAACUUAAUUGUAUCAUUUUGUGCACUAGAGAAUACAACAUUAUUGAAUUUUGUAGUGGAAUUGAUGGUAUCCAGUUCAAGAUCUGUGCCUUAAUAAAUGCAAACAGAAACUGUAAUACAAGAUCAUUUCUCCCCCUGAAAUCCCCAGGACACACAUUGGAACAAUCACUCCAUGACUCUUUCACAUUUCAACCCCAAGUGUGGGUUUUUUGAAUGUUGCCUCUAUAUUGCACUGUAUCGUACAUUUUUAAUUAAUUUAGAAAGCUGUCUCCACCAAAAAUGACCAAAACCAUAUGAUGUCUCCUCUGUUGGAGAAGUUGGACAACUUACUUUUUGUCUACAGCUAAAGACUAUGGGGACUUGCACUCUGAAGGAUCAUCUCCUAUAGGCUCUGCUCUAUUGUUCUAAAUCAGUAGCAUGGAUUUCAACCAUUCUAAGCUUUGUUCUAUCCUGGGUGGGAAAUAAAUCCACAAAGUUCUGUAAAGUCCAAUAUAAUGGUUCUUGCGUACUGUUGUUGCCAUGCGACCAAGACUUAGUUUAUUCACACCUUUAAGAGGGAAAUAACUGGAUUCACAUUGGAAUGCAGCUGCAUGUGGGAGGUUGCAUAUUUUAGCAUGCAUUUUUCCCCGUGUCAGAAGCGACUUGAGAAACUGCAAGUCGCUUCUGGUGUGAGAGAAUUGGUUGUCUUCUCUCAUGUCCCCGCAUGGGGAGCAGAAGCUGACAGUGGGAGCUCAUCCAUGCUCUCCCCAAAUUUGAACCUGGGACCUGUCGGUCU